UGCAAUCUAUAUAAAACAUACAGAUAGUUUCAUAAAAAUUUCUUACAGGAUGAAAUCGCUGAAGCGUCAGAAAGUAAUGACAUGAAAAAGAAGAAAGUCCAGAAACGGAAGAAAAGGACAAAGUCAACGGAGUCAAACGCAAGCACAGAUGAAGGCCUUAGUGAUGAUCAAAGUCCUGAUGGAAGUGAUUCAGAUGCUGAAGAGAAAGGACAGAAAAAAAAGCAUGAAAAGAAAACUAAGUCACGUAAGGAAGGUGACAAAAAGAAAAAGGAUGAACAAGAACAUCAAAGUGAUGAGACGAAACCAAGUAGUUCGAAGAAUACAAAAGAGGAAAAGAAACGGUCUCACAAGAAAAAAGAAAAGAAAGAAAAAGGAAAGAAGAAAGAAAAUUCCUCUGACGAUGAAGAUCUGAACAGUCUCAAUAGGCAGCUUAAAGAAAUGCCUCAAUUUCUUAGUAUCAGGGACUUAGUAGAAGGAAAACCGUACAAAAUAAUGGCUUUUGAGCAUGUAAACACCAAAAAGGGAGAAAGAAUUCGAUUGAAAUUAACUGAUAACGCCUUCAAAGAUAAAAUUGCUUAUGUAAAAAAAGGAAAAAUAACAAGCAUGGAAAGAACUAGAAAAUACAGAGCAAAAUUAACAGAUAUGCAAAUCAAAUCACGAAAAGAAAAAGACAAAAUCUACAGAAGAAACAAGAGACAUUUAGAUAAAAUCUUACAUGUACCUUAA